GGAAUUGACUUCAGAUCCGUUGCUUGGAUCAUCGUGCGAUUACUGAUCCGUGAAUCAUGCGUGCUAACGACGUGAUUUCGCUGGAGUAAAUGCAGAAUGGGUAGGUGGGGCGAACUCCUUCCUACCUCCACUUCCUGCCGCUAACGUCGUACUGCGGACGGCUGGGCGGCGGCUCUACCACCACCUUAGGGUUGCGGUCUCCCGGCUCCGACGGCGAUGGAGUUCUUGCUGCAUCCGUUCAACAGAAGGACUCUGAUUGAGGAAGUGAAUGACAGCGAGGUACCGACGGAGCCAACGCGAUAUCCUGUUGUUCCGGUGCCGGCGUCGUCGUUGCCGGCGGCGAGUGCAUCCAGCGCAGAUGCGCUUAUCUGUUCGCCACCUCAUGGAGCAACAGUGGAGGGUGGUGAGAGGCCGCAGGCAUCUGAACACUCAAUAGAGCAAGUUGAUCCACAGGCUCCGGGAUGGACAAGAAGGGUCAGGGUUGGGGCUGCUGCGCCAGGGCGUGCCCCCUGCCCGGAUAGGAUGACAGCCCUGGAGAAAUCGGUCAGAGUUUUUGCUGAAACUCCUGGUGAGAAUGUAAUCGUGCCGAAGAUAGGGGUCAGCUUCGAUACUCUCGGAGAAGCAUAUGAUUUUUACAAUCUGUAUUCAUGGGAGAAAGGGUUCGGCAUUAGAUAUGGGAAGAGCAGGCUGAAUGUCAACAGGGCGAAGUGCAUGCAAGAGAUAGUUUGUGGCUGUGCGGUAUAGCAUCUUUCUGCUUGUACCAACUGACUUAUACAUCAGAAAUUCUUUCUAUGUCGUGAAGUAUCUGGCGUCGUGCUUGCUUAAUAUUGUUCCAGGGGAAACCAAUUGUCGAGAAUACCCGGUCAUGUCGAUGUGAAUGCCCUGCUCUAAUACGGUUGCUGCAUUCAAAAGAUAAUGGGUGGUAUAUAGCAGAGCACCGGGAGCAGCACAAUCACUCGUUGUCACCUACGUACGGGCAAACUUUGCACUGGCCAUCACACAAGCAUAUCGAUGUAUACAGCAGAGAUUUGGUGAAGCAGCUGAGGGAAAAUAAUGUGAACCUGCCGAAAGUGUACGACAUCAUAGGCAGUUUUUUUUGGGAAGAUGGAAAAUGUACUAUUAACAAAGAGAGCAUUGCGGAACUUGUGUGGGAAAAUUGGACGUGAUCAGGCUGAAGAUGAUGUCCGCAAAACAAUGGAGGUAUUUCAGGAGCUAGGUGCUAAAGAUCAACAGUUCACAUAUCGAGUCCAAGCUGCCAAGGACGGAAGGAUAGGUACUCUUAUGUGGGCUACUGGUAACAGCAGAUUGCAGUACACCUUCUUCGGAGACGUCGUGACAUUCGAUACAACUUACAGGACCAACCUGUACGACAUGCCUUUCGGGCUUUUUGUUGGAGUGAACAACCACUUUCAGAGCAUUAUACUGGCCGGCGUCUUGGUGAGAGAUGAGAAGGUGGAAACAUUUGAAUGGGUUUUUGCAGAGUUUGUCAGAAUGAUGGGUGGCAAUGCGCCGAAAACAAUUCUAACAGACCAAAAUCGCGCGAUGGAGGUGGCCGUAAUGAAUGUGAUGCCAAAUACGGUGCACCGGUGGUGCAAGUGGCAUGUGCUGAAGAAGGCGAAGGAGUCAUUGGGGCGAUUGUACUUCAUAAAGAGUGAUUUCCAAGCAGAGUUUCACAAGGUCGUUAAUCACAUGCGGACAAUUGAUGAGUUUGAAGAGGCCUGGAAGUACCUAAUAGAUAAAUACAACCUGAAGUCGCACGAGUACAUGACUAAUAUAUAUGAGACACGUCACAAGUGGGCAAAGUCGUACUUCAAAGGUGUGUUUUGUGCUAAAAUGACUAGCACUCAGCGGAGUGAAAGUGUGAACCAUAUGUUGAAGAACUAUAUACCCCCAAGAUGUCCUAUGCAUCUGUUUGUGAGGAAAUACAUGGUGCUGCAGUUUGUCAGGGAAGCGGAGGAAAAUUAUGAGGAGAAGAGGACCCUAAUUAAUCGACGGCCGGCGUUGGCUCCAGAACGAGGGAUCCAGGUAUACACCCGAUUGCCGCACCCUGCACAUGGGACCAGGGGCAAGACCUCAUCCUGCGCAGCCGAUGAAGAUGAUGCAGACAUGGUUGAGGGCGAGCUCGUACUGGGAAUGGCUCGGCUACGAUUGUAUACAAGUACUGAUCUGUGACAUGAACCAACUGGGAUAAGGUGCUUAAGUAGAUGUGAACCGUGCUGGGUAAGAUUCCUGCCUCCAACGGGUAGAUGCAUUAAAUAAGUGUGCAACCACCCGUUAGAUGAGGUGCAGCGGUCAGCCUCCGCAGGAUGAGGUGCCUGUCGAAGAAGGUGAAAUUCCAGAAGUUGGUGGUGGUCCUGGUGUUCCGAUGGGUCCUCUGCAGGAGUUGGAAGGUGUUGUCCAUGAAGGUGGUGCUCUCUAAAUGGUUAGGGUUGGUUCGGAAAGAUGUUUGACAGCGGCGAGUAUAUGAGGCAACAUUGUUUUUGAUGGUCGUGGUCCGGAGUCCCGAGCUUUGCUUACUAUCUUGCUUCAUUUUUGCAAUUUGUUGAAUACAUAUUUACAACUGUUGGGGAGCGCAACAUACUGUUGUUGUGAUUAUGUUUGUCCUCCAGCGCUGGAGAGUUGAGUGACAGUUCUGGCUGAUGCAUAUUUUUAGGCUGCAAUCUCUAUUUCUGUUUUAUUGCUUGUUGAAGGCUGGACAUCAGCAGUACAGGCAUUUGCCACUUGAUUAGCUUUGCAGGAAGAGUAGAGCAACAGGACUGCACUCUCCAGCCGAAUUUUGGCAGUAGCUCUAGUGGUGCACUACAAGGUAUCAGCAGUAUAGAAACAACACAAGUGGUCAUCCAGAAAUCCACCUUGACGUACCCUGGCUUCAAAUUUUGUCACUCGGGCAAUUUUUUUAACUCAGACCAAGCGGAUUGAUUGGGCUUUGUGACGUGCGUGUUAUAAACAGCAAACUGAAACCUCUUCCUCUCUGAACACUUUCUUCCAACUCCUCAAGAUCACCUUAUCAGGUUAAAAAAAAGAUCACUUCACCUUAUCUGAAAGGGAAAUGAUUUGAUCCGGCUGACCGGCCAAGUUUUCAGCCGGACGCGUGCCAGCCAUCAAAUGAGAUGAGAUCCUCGCAACUGCUCACCAAGCUCGCCGUCGUCGACAGCUCGUUGUGACAGGGAGCACACAUGGAUGCUACGGCGACCAACGUUUGCUGGCACCGAUGUCGCAAGCGCCACGUUUGCACACAUGGAUGCUGGAACCAGACACACAAAAAUGCUUCAACGUAUUAUUUUGCUAGAACCAGAGGUUGGGGAUGGCGAGCACGCAAGUCAUCGCCGGCGGCGAUACCGGAACAGAAAUUGGGGGAGCUGUUUUCACGGCCGGCAACCCCCGCGGCACUACCAUAUAACUGUUGCGUCGACGUUUUUUUUUUGCUGCGAGCGAUGACAACGAGGCAAAACGGGCAAGGGAACAGAUCGAGGUUGGUCAUGGAACUCUUUCGUGAUCUGUACAAUCUCUCUGUUCGAUCUGUGUUCCAGUCCAAGGGGGCGAGAGGGGCGGCACACCCAUCCAAGGUCAUACUGUGUCACCACUUCUCUUCGCCCCUAGCAAUCCAUAUGUGUUGUGUUGCCACUUCUCUUUUUUUCACCUAUUCGUGACCAACAUUAUCAUACUGUGCAUCGCUCUUCUUCUAUCCUUGUCCCUGGCGAGGCUAUCCUGGACCAAUGCUUGUAAUUCCACAA